AUGGCCACCUCUUCCAUGAAUCAGACCCUCACUCUCUCACAAAACCUGGACGCCGACGACGACCUUCUCUAUUCUGAAAGCACUCAAUUACCAGAACAAGAAGAAGAAAAUUAUGAACAACGGCGGUGCUCCUUUUUAGGAAGUCCGAGUGGGUACUUAACCGGAGAGUCACGGAUCGAACGAGCUUGGGCUCACUGGAAGAAACUGGGCCAGUCCAAGCUGAUCGUGGCACCCAUGGUCGACAACUCGGAGCUCCCUUUCCGAUUGCUGUGUCGCAAGUACGGCGCCGAAGCUGCUUAUACACCCAUGCUUCUCGCCUUUUCACCGAGAACGACAAGUAUCGCUCCCUGGAAUUCACCACCUGCAAGGAGGAUCGCCCACUUUUUGUCCAAUUCUGUGCAAAUGAUCCAGAUAUUUUAUUGGAAGCAGCUCGGAGAGUAG